AUGGUAGUAGUAACUCAAGACGGCAAUGGGCCUCAGUAUUAUGAUCGUCUUUAUGAACCUACCUAUGUUUCUAAUCCUGUCACUGGUGACUACGUGAGUUUUACAGAAGUGGAUUUUUUCAGGCAGAAUAAGGUACAUUCUGUGGUGUGUGGUUUCGGUUACCAUCAUUCUAUCAAGAAGUACAAAGUUGUUAGAAUCUACUUUAAUAAGAACCAGACCUUGGGGCAGGUCCAGGUAUAUACACUUGGUUGUGCCAGGGGUUGGAGAGACUUGGGAGAAACUACUUACUGCUCAUUGCGGUACACUUGGCCGAGAGGUUUUUAUAAUUGUUCUCCAUUUGCUACACUUGCAAAUGGAGCCCUUCAUUUGCUUGACAAGGAACAGAAGAUUGUGUCCUUUGACUUGGCAAGUGAGAAGUUGUACUUGCUCCCACCACCACCUUUUGUCCGUGCUGCAAGGGUGAUGAACUAUUUUGAACUUCAGGUAUUGGGAGGAAGCUUCUGUUUUCUUCAUCAAAAGGAAAAUGAAUUCCUAGACAUAUGGUUCUUAAGGAGUAAAGGAGAGUUCAGUAGUUACGAUGUGAAUGAGCAGGAUUACGACUCAUUGAGUUCAGCAUCCCAGUUGGACGUGAUUUAG